CCUGCUCUCCCCACCUCAUCUCUUCUUAUCCAAGCCACAGCCAUGAGCAGCCAGCAGGAUGCCUCAGCCUGCAGCCUGCCGACAGAGAAGGUUUUCUCCAUCCAGAUAGGGUCGGAACUGUUUCGCCUCUCGGGCGCUUCACUCGCGUCAGAUGCGCCUUCCUACUUCUCGCGCUUUUUUGAAGAGCAGAUGCGAUUGACCGAUCCCUCGAACGUCCGUACUCUGUACAUUGAUCGCGACCCUGCUACAUUCCGAGAGAUCGCCAGACACCUCCAAGGUACGGCCGAUACCCGCGCAGCCUCUGUUCCGUGGAUUAACCAAGGGCAGGGUAUCAUAUUCGGCCUCAAAACGGAGCGCAAUUUGUCAAACUUUUCGCAGACGCGCAGUUCUACUCAUAUACCCCGCGACAUCUUCUCAAGUCCCGGAGACUCCCCGAACUUCUUUACCCUCGGAUUCGGCGCCUUCUUCGCCUCUCCGUCGUCCGUCUUCCCUGGCCUCGACCGCGUCGGCCUCCUCCGGCCGCCAUCGAUUGUUGCACCGAGCGUGCCAAAUAGGUCCGCCGAGAUAUUUGCGGAGAUAAUUCAUCUACUGCGAGGAUACACUCUACAUAUUCGGGAUGAUGACCAUCGAGCAGCGCUUUUGCGUGACUGCCGAUACUUCCAUCUCCGAGGGCUGGAGCAGCGGCUUAUUCGCCAUCACAUCAGCCUGAAUCCCUUCACCCAACGGUUGGAGAUAAUCGUGGGGAUAGAAGAUGUCAGACCUUCAGGCCUGCAGUUUGCGAACGGCUCUUCAGAAAAAGCAACUGGAGCUUUGUUGAAAUAUGCGCGACCCUUCGUAGACGAGACAGCAUCCGAUUUGAUCUUGGAAAUCGGGGAAGACAGGACGGUGUUCAAUCGGCAGAUGCAGCGGGUGAAUUUCUUUGGUCAAACGAAGACCCGUAUGGAAAGUCUGGUCCAGGUCGUGGGCAAAAAGUUCAACCUCUCAGAAUCGCAACUUGAGUCUCUUCCUCUCAAGAAGCGCCAACGAACCGGCGAAGCGGACGACGGUCUGGUCAUGAUUAAGACAGGACAAUGGCGGCCGAUUUUGCAACAGGGCGAAAAUGGAAAAUACAGCCUGGUCUUAUUGGCUGUGAAGGUCGAUGCAUACACCAGCCAGCGGCACCGCAAUCGCGAACGAAACUUUCUCUAA